AUGAAAGGUGUAAAAUUGCCAAAAGAGAAGCAAAGAGGGCAACUAAGAUGGUUGACAAAGCCCGAGCAGAAGCAGUUACUGCCCAGAAAGACAGAUGUAGCAUUACCCGAAGUAGAAAGGUACCGUGCAUCUUCCAAAGUUGCAAUGCUGGAGGCAAGGGUUGAAGAAAGGGAAAAAGAAAUCGAGUCACUAUUGAAAUCAAAUAAUGAACAGAGGGCAAGUACGGUUCAUGUCCUUGAGACUCUUUUGGAGACCGAGGGUACAGCCCGUGCUGAGGCAAACAACAGAGCAGAAGCACUCUCCGUUCAGCUGCAAGCCACGCAAGGAAAACUUGAUUUACUCCAGCAACAGUUGACUGCAGUCCGUCUCAAUGAAACAGCACUGGAUAGUAAGCUCAAAACUGCUUCACGUGGGAAACGUGUUAGGGUAGAUGAUUAUGAAAUGGGUGUGGAAUCCUUUCACGACAUGGACACUAAUGAUAAAAUAAGCAUAGGAAAUAAGAGGCCCAAAAGUACAACUAGCCCUUUGAUGUUUGCUUCACCAGAAGAUGAUGGCUCGGUAUUUAAGGGUGAUGAAGAGAGCCACAGCCAACAAACCAAUUCGGAAGCCUAUACAAAGUUCACAGUGUAG